UCACAAAGGAGGUUGGACAAGCAGAACUUCUCUAGAGGGUAAGGCUGCCCCGCAAGUGGGGAGCCAGGCCGAUAAAAGGGCUUCCUCAGCCCCAAACUGAAGGAUAGGGGAGCCAGUAAGUUCAGCCAUGUUUUGCGGAAAAUGGAAAAAGUCCCGCUUGGAAAGUUGUCACCACCAGCAGCAGUUUUCUGCCCAUCACCAUGGAGGAACUACCAAAUCCUCGGGACACCGCGCGUUCAAAAAAUUGGGCUUGUCAGAUGAUGAAGAUAUUAAGUUGAUGCUGCAGGGAACCUUUUUCUGGAAAGUCAAGACUUAUCAGCCCCAGAAACAAAGGCUGUUCCGGCUUCUUGAAGAUGGGAUGUCCAUCUGGUUUGAGACUCGUUUUAAAAAGGCUCGCUCCAAACAUAUUUUCUCCAUCCUCCAUGUUGAAAGUGUACGUGAAGGUUACCAAUCUGAGGGGCUUCGGAAAUUUGGUGGUUCUUUUGCAGAAGAGCAGUGCUUCACUAUAGUCUUCAGGGGAAAACGGAAAAACCUGGAUCUGGCUGCCCAGACUGGGAUUGAAGUUCAGCAGUGGGUGAGAGGACUCACAAAAUUAAUGGCCAGAUGUGAAGCCAUGAGCCAGCGAGAAAAGCUUGAGCACUGGAUCCAUGGCAUCUUACAUGAAGCUGACAAGAACAAAGACAAUAAGAUGAGCUUCAAAGAGAUCAAAAACAUGUUGCGAAUAGUAAACAUAGAUAUGAAUGACAUCUAUGCCUAUCAGCUCUUUCAGGAGUGUGACAAAUCAAACAAUGACCGCUUGGAAGAAUGUGAGAUUGAGGAGUUCUGUACACGGCUAAUGAAACGGCCUGAGCUGGAGGACAUCUUCCACCAAUAUUCAGGCGAGGACUGUGUGCUUUCUGCUGAGGAACUGCAGGAAUUUUUGCAUGACCAGGGUGAAGAAACAAGCUUGCAGCAAGCUCAUCAUAUCAUUCAGACAUAUGAGCUCAACGAGAAAGCCAGGCAACACAAUCUCAUGAUGCUGGAUGGUUUCACAAUGUACUUACUAUCUUCAGCGGGAAACAUCCUUAACCAGGCCCAUGCUGGGAUCUAUCAGGAUAUGAGCCAGCCUUUAUGCCAUUACUUCAUCUCUUCCUCCCAUAAUACCUACCUAACAGACAAUCAGAUUGGAGGGGCCAGUAGCACUGAGGCAUAUGUUCGGGCAUUAAUGAAGGGGUGCCGUUGCGUGGAGCUUGACUGCUGGGAAGGUUCUAAUGGAGAGCCCAUUAUCUACCAUGGCCAUACUCUUACUUCCAAGAUCCUCUUCCGGGAUGUAAUUGAAAGCAUUCGGGACCAUGCCUUCAAGCACUCUUCCUAUCCUGUGAUUCUUUCUCUGGAAAACCACUGUGGCCUGGAUCAGCAGUCUACAAUGGCCCAUCACCUGAAAACUAUUCUAGGGGACAUGCUGUUAAUCCAACCCCUGGACGGAGACCUGUCUAAGCAACUGCCCUCACCAGAGCAAUUGAAGGGGAAGAUAUUAGUGAAGGGGAAAAAACUAUCAGAGAACAAGACUGAUCCAAGAGUUUACUUGAUCUCCAAUCGUGAGGAAGAAAUGCAGGAGGAAGAAGACCAGAGGUUUACAUCUUCUUUCCAGGAAGUCAGACCUUUGCAAGCAAAGGAUGUAGUGCAGAUUUCCCGAGAACUCUCUGAUGUGGUUGUAUAUUGCCGGGCUGUUCCAUUCCAAAACCUUUCUGAUGCCCUGUUCCAGCAGAAGCCUGCAGAGAUGUCAUCAUUCAGUGAGCGAAAAGCCAGGAAGCUGAUCAAAGAUUCAGGAAAUCUUUUUGUCCGAUACAACACCCGGUACCUCAGCCGUAUCUACCCACUGGGUCUGAAGAUGAACUCCUCCAACUACAACCCUCAAGAGAUGUGGAAUGUUGGCUGCCAGAUUGUGGCCCUGAAUUUCCAGACACCAGGUGCUGAGAUGGAUUUGAAUGAUGGGCGCUUUUUGGUGAAUGGCUGCUGUGGCUAUGUGCUGAAACCUGCUUUCUUACGCAAUAACCAGAGUAAUUUUGACCCCAAGGUUCCCAUUCAUAGGAGUGGCCAGCACCCCAUUGCCCUCACCAUCAAGGUGAUUACGGCUCAGCAACUUCCCAAACUAAAUAAAGAGAAGAGUUCUUCCAUUGUUGAUCCUUUUGUACGAAUUGAGAUUCAUGGAAUUCCUGCAGACUGCUGCAAGAAACAAACUGAAUAUCGGUUAAAUAAUGGAUUCAAUCCAUGUUGGAAUGAGAUGUUGACGUUUCAGAUACAAGUUCCAGACCUGGCACUGGUGCGCUUUGUAGUAGAAGAUUAUGAUACAACUUCAUCAAAUGAUUUUGUGGGACAGUUUACAUUACCAUUGCCCAGCAUUAGGGAAGGCUACCGGCAUAUCCAUUUGCUUUCCAGGGAUGGUACAUCCCUAUCUCCAGCUACACUUUUUGUACACAUUAGAUGCAGGAAGAUGUGAAAACUAUAAUAAAGGUUCGAUUUGGAAAAUGUGAAAGUGGAUUGAGAAGGUCCAAUGAGCCCUCAGAAGAAUGGAUGCAUAGCUGUGCUAAUUCUGGAUGCCACCUGCUACUAAAUCAAAUAGGGUCGGAAGCAGAGAAGAACCAAAGUGUUGCAGCCAGAAGAUCCAGACUGAGAGAAGAGCAUGAUGUCAAUCCUCACCUGAAUAUUCAAGCUAUUAUAUUAGGGUCAUAAUUUAACAUUCUUCAUGUAGUUGAAGCCAAAAACUACUUAACCUAAAGAGUCCUAGAAUGCUUUCCUAGACAGGAUUUUAAUCUGACUAAAUAUUCCACCUUAUUCUCUUCUUUAUAGUGCCCUGCAAAAAUACACGCUGGGGGUAGAUAUUGUCUUGUUAUUUGUUAGUCACAAUAGAAGAAGCCUAAUGAAAAGAUGUAUUAUGUUAUCUUGCAAACUUGGGCUAGGUCCAUUAAAAUCUAAGGAUUUGAGAUAGGUGGACUUGUGACCAAGAUUAAUGAGUGAAGGUGGUGCGACCUUUGUAGUAAAGGCCUAAGAGAGUGAAAUGUGACCCACAAACUGAACAAGGAAUUUGAGCUAGCCCAACUGAUCUGGAAUCUGAUUUGAGUAUAUGCACCUUGACAGGCCAGAAUGGAGAUUGGGUAUGAAACUGGGUCUUUAUUUGUUUAGGAAAUAAACUACUUCAUGUAGCAUGUAACUUAGGUUAUUUCAAAGAUCAUAUUUCAAAUAAUGAACAGUAGUUGGGACCUUUUAAGACAGAAGAUUGUUGAAUUUAAUUACAAGCCAGGAAUAACAGAUAUAUGAAAAUCCUGCACCCCACUUCAUCUACUUAGCUUUUCCUGACACUCCAAGACUAUUUUAAUGAGAUUUAAAUACUAUUCUCUUGAAGGAGCUUGACAAAAUUAGUAUUAACUUGCUUUUCAAAACAUAUGUAUUUGUAUGGUCUUUAUUCUGGAUGAAUACUAAUAAUUAUUCUUAGGUUUAUUUUGAUACUUUACAUAGAUUGCUUUAAGGAAAAUAUGAGUACUCCUAUACAUUCUCAGACUCAUUUGUGGAGAAAUAUACUUUUAGAAAUUAGAUUCGAAGCAGUGCAUUAUUUUUCCCUUAGAACAUUUUGUUAACUAUAAAAAAAUCACCAGAGCAUUAAGGAUGAAAUUAUUUUUGCUAUAUUGUUUCUCCUAGUGAAUUUGAAAGAACUAUAUAUAGCUUUAGAGCAUUUAAUCUUUCAGCACAAAUUAAAAUCAGCUGUUGGCGGCUAGUAGCUGUUUUAGCUAUUGCUAGUUAAACUGUCAUAAUGCAUCUCAAAGGAUUUUACACUACAAUCUUACAUUAUCAUAUUCCUACUGGGAGCCAUCAAGUUCAUCACAGCCUCUCAAUAUUACUUUUUACAUGAUUGUUCUUGUGAUGAUAAAGUGUGGGAACACACAUACACAAGCUGUUUUGUGUUACUAGAGGAAAGGCAGUCUAUAACAAUUUAGUGAGAUUUUGUUCCAAGUGAGCAGUUAUAAGAGUAUAAUUUUAACUGAUUUUUUUUUAUUUUUCAUAAUUUACUGCAGCUUGGAUUAGAUGAAAGUUAAAUCCAUUGGAAAUUUAUAGUAUGCACCCAGCUUCACAGUAAAUAUUAAGAUGCCAUGAAAGGAAACAGUAGUAACUCAUUUGGUGUGUUUUUUCAAAGCAUUUCAAGUAGCGUACCUUAUAAAAUAGUUUAUAAUUUGCAAUAGUUUCUUGAAAGAGUUGGUUCACUAUUUACAGUUUAGUGACUAAGCAACUUCUGAACAUUUAGUAGCUGCUUUUAUCAUACAGCCUAGUAGUUCUUAGUUUUUGGCUGUUCAGCCUCAAUACAAAUAGAGUGCAAGGUAUUUCCCAAGCAUUCAAAAAGAAGCCAAAUGAAUCUGAGAACUGAGUUUGGAUAACAACAUACAUAGAACAAGAAGGGUAUGUAAUUAUUUUAGCACUACUUAUGAAUAUUUUCAAUGAGGCUUCAAGUAAAAUUCUUUAAUGAUUAUUCUCACCACCCAGAUUUUUAGCAAAGAUAUCAGAUGCUAUCAAGAGGUCUGGCUGGCUACUGCUCCUAUUUCCCUUUUGGCUCAGCAGAUUCUUUGGAUUUGCUCCCCUUCCGAUUUUUCUAGGCAGAUUUCCAAACUAUGACCAUUUCCUUCCCAUGUUCCUUCUUACAACUAGAUCCACCUCAUGAAGCAGCAGCCGCUUGCUCUCUUGCAGGUUAUAAUUAGUACUUCUAGACAGGGGAAGGCUUGUUUACUACAGAAUUUUGGAAGUAUCUCUUAAAAGCUUCUAACUUGGUUUGGAAAAUCUGGGGCAUCAAUCCUGACAUAGCAAGGAAGAGGUAGGCUAUGGAAUUAGCUCAGACCUAUUGUUAGACAAGUUCAAAUUUCCUUUAUGGGUGUACUUUGGGCUGCUAUCAGAAGUGUGAGGCUCAGGUUUCCAUAUUUUUCUCCUAUAGUAUUUGUAAAAAUAAAUAAUGGGCAUAUCCUUACCUUAUGGAACAGAGAGAAGGAAAGAUGACCAACCAAUGGUAACGUCUUAUCAUGCAACAUGCAUUUCAAUCUCUUGGCAACAAUACAGGAUGCAAAAGACAACAUAGGGCAACAGGUGGGGGGUUUGAACAGCAGCUACACAUAACUUGUACUAUAGAAACCUAUUGUUGCAAUUUUAAAAAACUAGUCUAAAUUGGCCUCCUACCCAAUCAGUGAGAUUGGCCUGGAGUCAAAUCCCAACUUUACUGAAACAUUGUGACUUUAUGAAACAAAGUUCAAAUGUGGACGGAGAAGCAAUCCAUGUUUCUUGAGAUUUUCAGAGAAAGAUGGGUUAUAAGUGUAGAAAUUAAUAAAAAAUAGUUUUUCCUGGACAUUUCUAGAUUUUCCUGCAGAAUAGAUUGUGACCAAGUGAUCAAAUGGCUAAUUUUCUGCAAUGGAUUUAAAUAGUUGAAACACGAGGAAGUCUGUUAUGUUUGUUUAAUUCUGUAUAUUCUGUGAUAUUUAGCACUAGACAAAGUUCACUUUUGAGUUUAGCACUUUUUUGCUGGAGCCUAUUUAAACUGAAUGCAGUUUACAAAUCCAGACCUGGUUUCUCCAUGUAUAGAAGCACUGACAUGUGUUUAUUGUCCUACCCCUCUCUCUUCUCCAAUGGAAAAAAGACCCCUAUGAACCUAAACACCUUCUAGAAUUUGAUUUUGUAAAUAUAUAUAUAUAUAUGUUAAAGAGAUUGUUGUUUGUAAUGUAUUUAAUAAGUAAAAUAACAUUUUAUUUUAGCAAAAGAUCUAGUCAGAGAAAUUUAAUCAGAGUCAAGUUCCACGGAACACCCAAACAACAAAAAGGGUAAAGCUGUUAUUGCUGUGAGAAAUUCUGAGGGAUCAGUUCCUUUAAUGUGUGAAAUUUGGGCAAUAUUGAUUGGGAUUAAUUUGUAUUUUUUAUAUUCUUCUGGCUUGUAUAAACAAAUUUAGCCACAAGGUUUUUGUUUUGUUUUUGAAAAGCAGGUAAGAUCAUAAAUACAGAUUUCCUUAGGCUGUGUACAAAUAAAAGCUUUUCUCCCAUUUGUCAAAACAUGUUUGAAAAAUGCUAAGUACUUUGUAAUGCAAGUAUAGCUGAAAUAUAUUUUAGGGAGAAAGCCACUCACAUUUUAAUGUGCAAAUGCGUAAGUCAAAACUCAUUUAUUCAAAUUGUCUGAAAACUUUAUACCAAGGCAACAACAGCACUUUGACCAAGGUGUGUAACUGAAGCCUGUUAUUUUUGUCUUACAGAAAUUGAGAAGUAAACCUAAAUCUUAAUAAUUUUAUAGCUAUUUAUUAAUAAGAGAGAAGAUUUAUCAAUCUGAAAUGGUUGUGGCAUUUUAUCACAAGUAACUACACGUCACUUAAGAUUCUAUACCUAGAUAGUGAGGAAAAAGUCAAGCAUUAAAUUAGAAGUUUGCUUAAACCCAAUUAUCCUUGUUCUUGCAGGCUAACCCAUCAAUUAAAUUAUAUAACCCUACCAAUCUAUACUUUAGGAAAACCUGCUUCCUUAUAUAAAACCAUUCAAAUUUUGAAGGCAACUUUCUUACCAUGUCACAGGAUUAAGAAUUAUCCAUUCUCAAUAGUCUCCCUACUCUUUACAUGUCACUUUUAAUUGCAAGUUAUGAGAGGCAGGAGAAUCAGCCCAUAUUAUGUAAAUAGCAAUUUAUGAGAAUGUCAUUCUCCUAAUCACUGCAUAUGAAAUUAUUGAAUCACUCAAUUAUUUAUUAGAGGCUGGAUGGAAGAAGGUCUAAAAUACAGGGUCUGAAAAAGUGAAUAGUAACUUUCAGGCAUGUGGGUAGAAUGAUGCUAAGUAAUGAUCUGCUGUUUUGUCCAAUGGUUUGACAAUGGAUUCAUGUCAGUCAUGCUUGAGCAUAUUGGAGAGAUCUUGAGUACAUCCUAUCCAUACAAGAACUUAUACAGUGAGAUUGUACUUGCACUAAUGUUCAGCUAGCACAUUAUUUCUGGUCCUGUAUUUAUGCCCUACCCCUGCCCUAUCCUAACAACUAUUGUAUUGCUAUACUUGUUACUUUUAUUUUUAGGAUACAAGCUAGCUAAAAAAAAUUAAUUAAUAUUUUUGCAUUAAAUGUGCUAUUUUUAAAGAUGGAAUGCUAUAACUGGAUCUUUGAUGAAUAUUAAGUUCUCAAGUUCUUCCUCAUGAAGCAUAGAAGGGACAAAAAGGGUUGUUAUGCGUUUCUCACAUUCAGCAAAUGCUACAAAGGGAUCACAACAUGCACAAGAGACCUGGGACACCAAAGUUAUCAUUGACAUGGUUCACAUCCAGAACUGUAACAGAAAUGAAAAUAAAACUACAAUAACCAAACAAAAAUGCUAGAAUUUGGUCUUCCAAAGUGUGUACAGAAUCUGGAUUCAGCAGCACUUCUGCAAUAUAAGUGGAUAUUAGAAUAAAGCUCUCAAAGCCUAGAGAAGAAACAUUUUUCAUUCAAAUGAAAGCAAGAGCAUUGUUUUCUAUGUUUCCCACAUCAUAUAUGAGAAUAAUUAAAUCCAAAAAAA